AUGUCUUCCCCAUUCCCAAAAGUUGCAGAUAAAGUCAAGGGCGUCCAAGUCCUUGGUCCAAUCCCAGAUAGCGCCAAACACAUUUUCACACCAGAGGCAUUGGCCUUUGUUGCCACAUUACACCGUGGCUUUGGCAAGAGAAGACUCGAGUUGUUGGAAAACAGAGCCAAAGAGCAAGUCCUUAGAGACCAAGGUAAAUUGCCAAACUUUCUUCCAGAGACUGAACACAUUAGAAACGAUCCUACUUGGACUGGCCCUCCAUUGGCUCCAGGUUUGAUUGACAGAAGAUGUGAAAUCACCGGUCCAACCGACAGAAAGAUGGUUAUCAAUGCUUUGAACUCAAACACUGCCACCUAUAUGGCUGAUUUCGAGGACUCUUUAACCCCAGCUUGGAAAAACUUGGUUGAUGGUCAAGUUAACUUGUACGAUGGUGUAAGAAGAAACUUGACGUAUGAAACCAAUGGUAAGAAAUAUGCAUUGAAUUUGGAAAAAGGCAGACACAUUCCAACUUUGAUUGUUAGACCAAGAGGCUGGCACUUGACUGAGAAACACGUUUUGGUUGAUGGUGAAGCUGUUUCUGGUGGUAUUUUUGACUUUGCCAUUUACUUUUUCAACAAUGCUUACGAGACUUUGAACAGAGGCUUUGGUCCUUACUUUUACUUGCCAAAAAUGGAGCACCACUUGGAAGCCAAGUUGUGGAAUGACAUUUUCAACUACUCUCAAGACUACAUUGGAAUGAAGAGAGGUACAAUCAGAGCUUCAGUGUUGAUUGAGACCAUCCCUGCAGUGUUUCAAAUGGAUGAGAUCAUUUACCAAUUGAGAGAACAUUCAGCUGGUUUGAAUUGUGGUAGAUGGGAUUACAUCUUUUCAUACAUCAAGUGUCUUAGAAACCACCCAGAGUUUAUCCUUCCAGACAGAUCGCAAGUCACCAUGGCAGCUCCAUUCAUGUCCUCUUAUGUUAAGCUCUUGGUGCACACCACACACAAGAGACAAGUUCACGCUUUGGGUGGUAUGGCUGCUCAAAUCCCAAUUAAGGAUGACGAGGCAAAAAACAAGCAAGUUUUGGAGAAUGUUACCAAGGAUAAAUUGAGAGAGGUUACCUUGGGCUGUGACUCUUGUUGGGUUGCACACCCGGCAUUAGUGCCAGUUGUCCUCAAGGUGUUUAACGAACACAUGAAGGGACCAAACCAAAUUGACUUGCCUCCAAAGGAGCCAUUCAAGCCAAUCACUCAAAGAGACUUGUUGAGCCCAUUUGUUCCAGGUGGUGUUAUUACCGAAAACGGUAUCAGAGCCAAUAUCAUCAUUGGUAUUUCGUACAUUGAGGCAUGGUUGAGAAACAUUGGUUGUGUUCCAAUCAACUACUUGAUGGAAGAUGCCGCUACUGCUGAAGUGUCAAGAACACAAAUCUGGCAAUGGGUGACCCACGGUGCAAAGACCAACACCGGUAAGUUGAUCACCAAAGACUAUGUGAAACAAUUGUUGGACGAAGAAUACGCCAAGUUGACAAAGAGUGCCAAGCCAGGUAACAAGUUUAAACAAGCCUUUGCUUACUUUGCACCAGAGGCACUCGGAGAGAAAUACUCUGACUUUGUCACUACUUUGAUCUACGAUGACAUCACCACCAUUGGCAGAGCUAUCCCAGGUGAGAAGUUGUAA